UCACUUGUACCUGCCAGCUACAGUACUCAGUAACUCUAUUUGGUCAAGAACAACAACUGAAUGUUGUUUGAAAUUUAAAAAUAAAAAUAAACACAAAAGCAGCACUAAGAGGAAAUAUCCAAGCAUGGAAACUUACAAUUACACAGGAGACUAUUCAGGAGAUACAGACUAUGAAGAUGAAAGUUGCAAUAAGGAGGAUGUUCAAAACUUUGGAGCCAUUGUAACACCCAUUCUUUACACCCUGGUUAUAGUUUUGAGCCUCAUUGGGAAUCUGUUGGUCCUGUGGAUCCUGGUAAAAUGUGAAAAUUUGAAAUCAAUCACAAACAUUUUUAUUCUAAACCUUGCUGUCUCAGAUUUGCUUUUCACAUUUUCGUUGCCUUUUUGGGCUUUUACCUAUACAUACAGGUAUGGUUGGGUCUUUGGAGGAGAUAUGUGCAAAGUCAUACAAGCUACCUUUUAUGGUGGUUUUUACAGCGGUAUACUUUUCCUGACAAUGAUGACUAUCCAUCGCUAUAUUGCAGUGGUUCAUCCACUAUAUGACCUAGGGUCAAGGAAGAGUUGUUACGGCAUCACAGCAACAGUGGUCAUUUGGCUUGUCAGUAUUUUAGCAGUAGUGCCUGUAAUAUACUUCAACGAAGUAAAAGCGGAACAAUCGGAUAGUAAUGUUAUGACCUGUGACUAUCACACACACCCAUGGAAGCAAAUAGGAGCAUAUCAGCAAAAUGUUUUUUUUUUAGUUGCCUUUUCUGUUAUUAUAUACUGUUAUUUCAGAAUACUUAAGAAAUUACUUCAGUCCAAAACACAUAAGCGUUAUAGAACAGUUAAACUCAUAUUCUCUAUUGUGGUUGUCUUCUUUUUUGGGUGGGCCCCUUUCAAUGUUGUUAUCUUCUUACGGACACUGGUACAUUUUGACAUACAAUAUUUUACAGACUGCACAGUGAGUAAACACCUUGAUUAUGCAUUGUAUAUUUGCAGAAAGAUUGCCUUUUUCCACUGUUGCCUCAACCCAGUUUUUUAUGCCUUUGUGGGAGUGAAAUUCAGAAACCAUCUGAAGACUUUGUUGCAGAAAUGUUGGUUCUAUAAGAAUACCGAAGAGCAGCCAAUGACUCCCACUCGAGUUCGUUUCAGCUCUCAUGGAGAAGGCUCAAUUUACUGAGAAAUAUUUGGAGACGGACUGCACCUUUAACCUUAGCUAGAAGUAACAACAUGUUUGAGAGUUAGUUUUUAAACAUGCAAUUAGAAGAUACAUAGCAGUGGUUAAAAAAAAGGUAUUUUCAAUACUUCUAUACUUUGACGUGUGUGAAUAUUAAUGUAAAGAUAAUGGCUAACAAAUAUAAACAUAUUUUAUGAUUUUGCCCCAUUUAUCGCUACCGUAGAUGUCAUUUGUUACAUUGUACUGUAAAUAAGAUACUUUCCAAUGAUUUAAUAUACUUUUUUAAAACACAUUAAUGUCCAUUGCAUUGUUUUGUUCUGUAGUACAACACCAGAGAUUGGCUGGAGUUAUGUUUUGUGGAGGGCUCUGUUUUUCAGAACAUAAAGUUGUUAGAUUUUCUUCAUUGAAAAGAAUAAACAAGUGAUUGAAGAGUAAAAAUAUGCUGAAAGUAUAUUGAUUGAUAAGAUAAUGCUUUAUCUUAACUUCAACAAUAGCCAACAGCUUAAGCUUUUUAAGUUUUUUAAUUCCAAUUUGGUUAAAAUUUUGCCAAACUAGAUAGUGUUGUCAGAGGUCCCAAGCAAGUUCCUUAAGCUACCAGAAUGUUUAGAAAAAUAUGGCAGUGAAGUAGACAUUUAAUAUUAAGUUUUCAAUAUUUCAAUCAAUUAAAUCUGUGCAGCUAACACCUUUGUUUGUACACAAGGAAAACAGGGAAGGAGCAACCCAGCACUGAGUUAUUAGUUCCCAUUCCGUCUUACAAAAAUGACCACAUUAUGUCUGACCUUUUAUUAUGAAGUUUUUACUUGAUUUUAUUAUUAUUAAUUAGACAAGAUUUAAAAAAUAAUGUAUGUUUUAUUAAAUAUUGUACUUAUAACUGAUUUAUUAAAUAUGUAGAUUUUGUAUUCCUAAUUUGUUUUGUGUGACAAUUUUGACUAUACAGUUUGAUAUUUGUAUUAGCUUCUAACAGCACUAUUUGUAAAUUAAAAAAAAAAAAACAUAC